ACCGUGAUCCGUCACCUGCCCCUCACUUGGCAGCAAAGAUCCACUACCAGCCAGCCCUGCCCAGCCAGAGAGAAUUCCUUACCCAGAACAUGCCGGUGGGCCACAUGAUAAAAUUCAUAUUAACAUACCAGACGGCUUUUUGGAGGGAGAAAGGCUUCUCAGGGGAAAUAGUGGCAGGAUCCUCCACCGAGUGCCCAUUCUGUGUCACUUUUGACGCCACCAGCCCCAGCGGUAAUGCUGCCUUGGUGGGCUUCAUUGCCGGCCAGCAGGCUUCACAAUGGAGCUCCAAGGAGCGUGGCGAGAGGAGAGAAGCCGUGCUUUCCAGCCUGGUCAAAUACCUGGGACCUGAGGCCAGGUCUUUCAUCCACUACGAAGAGAAAGACUGGGCUAAGGAGGACUACAGCGGUGGCUGCCCUGUUAAUGUCAUGGCGCCAGGGCUGCUAACAUAUUACCACCCCAGCCUGAGGAAGCCCUGUGGCAGGAUCCACUGGGCAGGCACGGAGACGGCCACCCUGUGGUGCGGCUACAUGAGCGGGGCGGUGCAGGCGGGUCAACGGGCAGCUCUGGAGGUUCUGGCUGAGCUCUUCCCGACGAGCCUGACUCAGGAGGAGCAGGCAGCUGUGCAGAACAAACACUCUGCUGAAGGUGGAGCCAAGCAAACACCAACGUCCAAACUCCGCUACCUGUGCACCAGCAAGGCUGUGGUCAUAGCAACACUGGCUAUAAGUGCAGCUGUCUUGUUGGCACGGAAUCAGAAUGCAGUGCUAAAUACCAAAGCUUAUUUUACAAAUGUAUUUACAACAACAAGGCAUAAGAUAUUUGUAUUGUAACGCAGACCUGAAACACAGGUUUGCUUCCCACCUAUAUGGAUUUAACAUGGAACAAACUACUAUAGUUUUUUUAAAGGGCUUCGAAGAAAAAGUGUUCUCUCUAAGGAUGUGUUUCAUCUUAUGGUCUAUCCUCUUUUAUUCCUCACAAAAACUUCAAAUCAAUUACAAAUAUUUUCGUUAUAUUGUAUCAGAUCAAAUCAUAUUGUAAUAUUUGUAUCCAAGGGUGCCAAGGCUGUAUGUCAUUUAAAAACUGUUUUCAUUAA